UAAUCAGAAAGCAGUCGGGUAAAACGAUUUGUAUCUUAUUGGGAACGAUCACUCGUCUUCGACGGUUGCGUCAACUUUUAUACGGUCCGUCCCUUCUCGUCGCCCCCUCACUCUGCUUCAUUCAAAGUAAUGGAAUCGAAGCAGGAACGGCGCGACAAGUGGCGGCCUCACCGCUGCGUGGCCUUCACCGUCGCUGCGAUCAUCGGUGUCGCCCUCCUCCUCCUCGUCCUUGGCCUCACCGUCUUCCGUCCCCGACACGCCGUCACUAGCAUAAACUCCGUGCAUCUCAGCCGACUAACCGUCGGUCUUGACGUACCCAACCUUGCCGUCGACUUCAACGUCACCCUCACCCUUGACAUCGCCUCCACCAACCCCAACCACGCCAGCUUCCGCUACGACGCCGGCGACGCCGUGCUCUACUACCGGGGGCAAAUCGUCGGUGAGGCGGCCGUUCCACCAGGGAAGGUCGCGGCCGAGGGGUCGGUGAGGACCAACGUCUCUCUGUCCGUGAUGGCCGGGAAGCUCAUCGGGGACUCGGCGCUGUACGCAGACGUGAUAUUGGGGUCGGUGCCCUUCUCCACCACGACGAGGAUUCCGGGGACGGUGGCGAUUCUUGGCAUCUUCAAGCAUCAUAUGGUAGCGUACACCAUGUGCGAUCUCGUCGUCGGUGUUCGUAAUCGGUCAGUGGAGAACUCCAAUUGUAGGUACAGGACAAAAUUCUGAGCUUUUUGUGAAAAUUU